AUGUUCACGGUGAUAAAAAGACUGGAGGAUCUUACACCCGACCAGCUCAUCGCAUAUAUCGAUAAAUAUCCGAUCGCGAUACCCACUGAGACUGUGUACGGUCUUGCAAGCAAAAUAUCAAACGUUUCUACUCUAGCGAGUGUAUACACCAUAAAAAAUAGACCAGCAGAUAAUCCUUUGAUCGUGCAUGUCAGCAGUCUGUCCAUGCUUAAAUCACUUGUUGUGGAAAUACCGCCCGCAUACCGUGCACUGAUUGAUCGAUACUGGCCCGGUCCGCUCACUCUCCUUUUUCUUAAGAAUGAACACGUGAACGACGUGGUGACGUGCGGUAGCAAAUAUGUGGGCAUAAGAAUGCCGUCCAAUGAAUGUGCUCGACGUAUAAUCGAGAUUACAGGACCGUUGGCAGCUCCUUCUGCGAAUAUAAGCGGUAGUAUAUCGCCAUCCCAUGCACAGCAUGUCUAUAAAGACUUGGCGGGCAAAAUAGAAUUGAUUGUGGAUGAUGGGCCCUGCAAACACGGGUUGGAAAGCACGAUAUUUACGUGUUAUGAUGGAGGAAACGGAGCUGUGCUGAGACCGGGUGCAAUCACGCAGGAAAUGAUAGAGACGGUUAUCGGGAGAGGUGUUGCAACGGGUGGGUGUGAAAUGGUACCUGGAAAGAAGUACAGGCACUAUGCACCGACCGUACCGUUCUAUCUUUUUGAUUGUGAUGACAAGAUGGUUGCGUGGAUGGAGAGCAGCGUGGACAGGCACGAAUGUGGCAUUCUUAACGGUGAGAACUGCACAAACAUGGCGUAUAGCGGUAAAACGAGUAGCUUGCUUGUGCAUGGUAGUGCACAAUCUGGUCUGGGUGUGCUUGUCACAUCGGAUGCGAUCAAAAAAUUUGUAAUUUCUCGAAAUGUACGUCACAUAGACCUGGGAAGAACAAAACAGGAGAUAAGUAACGGAUUGUACCACGGACUAAGAAUGCUUGAUGGAGAAUGUGCUUGUAUUUGCAUGGUAAGGGUGGACAGGAAGAAUGAGGGAAUGGCAAUCAUGGACCGGGUUAACCGUGCAGCCGGUCAGCUGAAUUAAAAAAUUUGGUC